AUGGAUUCUCUUUGCGGUCGUUGCCAAGAAUCUGUACAUGAUGGUGUGAUGUGUAAUUCAUGUGCACAGAGCUUUCAUUUUGCUUGUGGCGGGAUUACUGAACAAGGAUACCGAAAGCUUGGUGAUCGUAAAUCUCAUUGGCGAUGUUCCACUUGCAAGUCAUCUAAUAAAGCAACAGGUAAGACCACUGCUUCACCUGGUUCGCUAACACCUCAACGCUCUCUAACCCUUGAGAACGUCAUGCAGGAGUUAGAUAAGAUCAACCUCAAACUAUCACCCCUUCAAAGUUUGUCUGCUGAUGUUGAUUUAAUCAAGAAGGACAUCGCACAGUUCAAAGUGGUUGAGGAAAGUCUUACUAAUAAAAUAAAAUUGCUUGAACAGAAGGUGCAGAUAGUGGAAAACUUCAAAGAUGAGCUAAGUUCGCUUAAGUCACGAGUGGGAGCACUUGAAGAAGACAUGCAUACUAAUGAACAAUGGCUUCGAACAAAUAAUGUCGAAAUCAAGGGUGUACCACAAAAGGCGACGGAAAAUCUCUUUGACAUUGUCGGAAAAAUUGGAAACCUAGUAAUGUAUCCAGUUGCGAGGCAGAAUAUCAAUUUUGUAACUAGGAUUCCAUCACGAGGCAGAGCAUCAAACGCCAAAUCUAUCUUGGUGUCUUUCAUUAAUAAGUAUAGUAAAGAGGAUUUUGUGGCAGCGGCUCGACAAAAAUCGUUUACUCCUGCUGAUAUCGGAUUGCAGGGGUCACAGAAAAUAUAUGUCAAUGAUCAUCUGACUACUCGUAAUAAGCAAUUGCUGACAAAAGCUAAAGCACUCGCAAGAGAAAAUAAUAUACAGUAUGUCUGGGUUAAGCAUGCUAAAAUCUUCACUAGAAAGAACUCCACGUCUCCAGUGGUACCCAUCAUGAAGGAAAGUGACCUUGAAAAAAUCGGUGCUAACCUAAAUAAUUCAGGAUUUGAUUUAAACUAG